UGGGUUGUUUCCUCUUGCUUGAUUUUCCACUUUUUCCAGGGAGGCAACAACGCCGGCCACACCGUCGUCGUCAACGGCGUCGACUUUGAUUUCCACCUGCUGCCCAGCGGUAUCAUCAACGAGCGCUGCAAAUCAAUUAUUGGCAACGGCGUUGUAAUUCAUCUCCCAGGCCUGUUCGAGGAGCUGGCCAAGAACGAAGCCAAGGGUCUCACAAACUGGGAAUCGCGGCUCAUCAUCUCGAACCGGGCCCAUCUGGUGUUCGAUCUGCACCAGCAGGUCGAUGGACUGCAGGAGGCGGAAAAGGGCGGCAAAUCGCUCGGAACCACCAAGAAGGGCAUCGGUCCGUGCUACUCCAGUAAGGCGACCCGCAAUGGAAUCCGGGUUUCUGAUCUGCUCGGGGAUUUCAAGGUCUUCGGCGAGAAAUUCGAAUCGCUGGUCAACAUGUACAAGCGGUUGUUCCCCAACUUUGAGGUGGAUAUCGCGGCGGAACUGGCCAGAUAUCGCGACUACGCCGACCGGUUACGACCGUUGGUGCAGGAUACGGUCUCGUUCCUGCACGGUUCCCUCCGCGAGGGCAAGGCCGUCCUGGUCGAAGGCGCCAACGCCGCCAUGCUGGAUAUUGACUUCGGAACCUACCCGUACGUGACCAGCAGCAACUGCAGCAUCGGUGGAGUGCUGACCGGACUGGGGCUGCCCCCGCAAACCAUCGGCGAGGUCAUCGGUGUGGUGAAGGCGUACACGACCCGGGUCGGCGAUGGACCAUUCCCGACGGAGUUGCACGAUGAAGUUGGAUCGCUGCUGCAGACCCGUGGUGGAGAGAUUGGUGUUACGACCAAGCGAGUACGUCGCUGUGGCUGGCUGGAUCUGGCCCUGCUGCGGUACACGGCCAUGGUUAAUGGAUACACGGCGCUGUGCGUGACCAAGCUGGACAUUCUGGAUACGCUGAAGGAGAUUAAGGUCGCAGUGAGUUACAACCUGAACGGCGAACGGAUGAACUACUUCCCCGGUUCGAUCACCGCGCUCGGCCAAGUCGAGGUCAACUACAUCACCGUGCCCGGCUGGCUCACCUCGACCGAGGGGGUGCGCGAGUUCAGCGAACUGCCACCCCAGGCCCAGGACUACAUCCGGCUGAUCGAGAACGAUCUGGGCGUGCCCGUCAAGUGGAUCGGCGUCGGCAAGGGCCGGGAAUCGAUCAUCAACGUGAAGGAUUAAGUGCAGUGUUUUUUUUAUGUUUUAUUUUCUUCGAUUGGGUUUGUCUGUUUUGCUUCUCUUUUUCUUUUUCUUUCCAAAGGGAUUUUAAAACUCUGUUUUUGAAGGUAGAGAUAUGUUUGUGUUUAAGAUUAGUUCUUAAUCGUGUAUGAAAACUAUAACCCAACACCAAAUUACCGUCACAAGUGUUGUCGUUGUCAAAAUGUCAAUGUCCAGGUUUUGAAACACCAUAAAGAGAGAAAAAAAAACCUUACAAAUUAUACGCUGUUUUAGCUCGUGUUCCUUGGCGAGGGAUUAGUGUAGCGCUAACAUUAGUUAACUACCGCCGUGUUUAUAGAUUUAGAGCAAAUGGCGCAAGUUCGCACAAACAAUAUAUAAACUACUAUUACAAUUACUAGAGGAGCCUAAAAGGAGUGUGAGACAAAGUCUCGGAUGCCAUUGUUUAGAGGGUUGUUUUCCAGAGUGGUUAUCACAAUUUCCCAUUAAAAAAAAAUCAUUAUUGCAAAAAAUAUUUUUCGAUACUUCAAAUAGAAAAAUAAAAACUCCAAUAUCUGACGGCGGCAUUCCAGCAAUCAAUUUCACUUGAAGCGAUUGGUGGUGAACCCUACGCAUAGAUUCUGAAAAUCAAAAAUUCCAAAGAAUUGUCUUUGCAACGACCUUGACGGAGUAGGUCUGGCCGCACUGAAUCAACUCUCCGGUCAAUUUGACACGGUAGGCCUGGCCGGCAUUUCGUUUUGUUAGAAUUUUAGAAUUUGUAAUGAAGUUCGUUUUCAAUUAAAUUUAUGCGAUGCACAGUAAAAAAUCGAUUAUGAUUCAUGAACGAUUGUUCACGUUUUCGCAAACUGAUUUUUAUUCGUGUAGGAUUGUUGAUUUUUACAAGUCGAAAAAGGGUUCAGAAACAAAAUUCUGUGAAAACAUCCUCUAAAAAAAACUAUCUAAACGAUGGUUCUCGAGAACAUGUCAACAAAGUUGGUAUCGAAACGGUGUUGCAACCAGUGUUGGAAGACCGCACAGGUCCAAACUAAACUACCCCAAAUAAUCUACUAUAAAUUCUCCGCUGAGAGAGCAUGUUAACAGUACACUUAUGCAGAAAUAACACCGUCAAACCCUCCUUUCCCCCCAAUUGUUAGCUAGGCUGUAUAAGAAAAUUAGAGUUUUGUUGAAGAGGAUAAAAGAACAGCUACUUAAACAUUGAGAAAAAAAGAGAAGCUACGCUACUUAAUAAAUGGGUCAUGUCAUUUAAGUUUUUAAAAACCCACAAAAACACACACUUUUGAAAAGGUAUCCAGUUUUGGGCACUAAGUUUAGACGCUGUAAGACAAGUUGUAAUAUACUUAAUUAGGUUAACUAUUUUAAAGAAGGCAA